GCUAGCGGCGCCAAUUCUAUCUUCCCCAUCCUCAUUCAAAUGCUAGAAAGUGCAACGUCUUAUCCUAUGCAGCAUCAUUACUUCUCGAAUCAAAGAGAUACUCGUUAGGCCAUCGGGCCGUAAAGAAAUGGAGGACAGAAAAGCAUUCAUCGUCGGCAUUAGCGGGGCAUCGUCGAGUGGGAAAACGACGCUGGCUCGGUUAUUGCGCGAUGUAUUUCCCAACACAUUUAUACUGCACGAAGAUGACUUCUAUAAAGCCGAAACUGAAUUACCUACCAGGGAAGGCUUCCUAGAUUGGGACUGCGCCGAAGCCAUCUCCAUCCCGGAUAUGAAGCGAGCGCUAGAACAUAUUCGCGCACAUGGCACAUUUCCGCCCUUCGUCGACUCAAAAGAAGACCAAAACUCCAUCGGUUCCUGUCCGGUCUCGGACACCGCCAUCGCAGCCGCCAAGGCGAAAGUAGACGCAUGGACACAACCGGGACAACCCGGGCAUUCCAUAAUCUCCUCUAAACUCCGCACCUGCCUCCUAGACGGUUUCCUCCUGUACUCCCCACCCCUAGAAACCGGCCAAGUUCCCCCUCUCCUAGACACAAAGCUCUUCCUCCUCGUAAGCCGGGCACGCGCGACCCAGCGGCGCGAACGGCGGGAUGGCUACGUCACUCUCGAAGGGUUUUGGACGGAUCCGCCUGGCUACGUGGAUAAAGUCGUGUGGCCGAAUUAUGUUUCCGCACACGCUGCUUUAUUUAAAGAUAGUGAUGUGGAGGGGGCUUUAGAUGAGGCUGUGCUGCGCGAGAAGGGGAUACAGGCGCAGGUUGGUAAAGGUUUGGAUGUUGGUAUGGAGACUACAUUUACUUGGGCUGUGGAUACUGUUAUGAGGGAGUUGGAGAAGUUUGCGGAGGGGAAGGGAGAUGCGUAGUGGCGUGAAUGUUGGAAAAUUGGCGGUAUGAGAGCUACAUUCAUAAGUGAGAUUGACAAUUGGAAUAUAUUAGUAGGUGGUGGGAGCAAAUGCGUAAAUGGCCCUAGAAGCAUAGACAUCAAUCAAACGUAAAAGUCGAAGUGGAUUUCUGUUGACUAUUAUGUACCGUAUUCCAUUAUCUCAAUCGAGCAACGAGAAUGCUCUAAGGUUCUGCCAUAUUAGUCCCCCAUAGAAAUAUCUCGUACAUAUCUAGUCUAACAAAUUAGUACCAUAUUUUUCAAUCUCGGCCUCGAAGCCUCUAAAUAUUAAUCCUAGAAGGUCUUAUUAAUAAAUUUGUUUUUUGAUUAUGUUCAUCGCCAAGUAUCCGUCUUCGUCGACGUAGUCGAGCAAGACUUUGGAACUGAGUAUGAACGAUUCGGGUCUGAUUCCCAAGUUAUCGAGCCGUCUGUAUUUACCACGAUGUACUUGUACUGGA